AUUGCCCUUGGGAAUUCGGAAUACGAAUCCUUCAAGAAAGGGCCAUGUGAGACAAUCCAAGACAUGAACAAGAGGUUCAACGAGAUUGUCAACAAAUUGAGUAAGUUGGGUAAGACAUAUACUACUUCCGAGCUUAAUACGAAAAUUCUAUUUUCUUUACCUAAAGAAUGGCAUAGUAGUAUAGUGGAUUUAUUACCCAAAUGUGAUAUGGCCGAAACCGCCCACAUUUGGUCUUCCUUGUAUUCUCACGAACUUUUGUUGAGAAAGAUAAAAGAGGAAGAAAUGCGUGAAAAUCCCAAACUUACAAACGCCUUCAAAGCUUCCAAAGAAUCAUCAAGUGAAGAGUCAAGUGAUGAUUCAAGUGACUCAAGCUUUACGAAAGAGUCAAAUGAUGAAGAAGAUGAAGAGAAGGCAACGAGAAUGAAGUAUACGGAUUUCCUCAAAUGGAAGAAGUAUGUGAAGAGGAAAGAAGUAUACUCAAAGCCGAAAAAAGAACGGCAUAAGCCAAGGAAUCCACAGAAUAAAACGGUUUGCAAUUUCGUGAAGAAACGAUGGAGAUAUGCCCAAAUUACCGCAGGCUGUCCAGUUGUGACGGGAAUGAAAAAGUUGGUGAAUUUCGAUGUUGUUUCCACUCCCGCUCAUCCGUAAGGUUUCGGCCGAUGAUUUCCAGGUCUGUACCUUUGCGUUAGACUUGUCGAAUCAUUCAUCACAUACGUACAUGAACAUAUAUAUUAAUCCAUAUGUUGAAAUCAUCCCAAAAUAUAUAUGUGAUGCAUAUAUAAGUUAUCUAUAUGUUGAGAUUAAAAUACACCAAAUCCAUAAAGUUAAUAUACACAUAAGUAGGUA